CGGAUUACGAACCUUGAGAUUUGAACCUCGCCAACCAGGAAAAACACAACAAGAGCCAUGAGCACUGCUGCCGUCCAGCAAAACCGGCCUUUCAGCAGAGCCGUCAGAAAGAUCAAGGUGGCUUCUACGGUCAACAGCCUCGCCAAAAGCUGGCAAAGCUGGGCGAAUAAAAACACUGAAAAACAAGACACGAUUCCGAGCGGAUGGAUGCCUGACACCAUCAUUGAGGAUGCAAAAGAAAAGCAGAAGGAGAAGAGUGAGAUGAAACUCUUGGUUAUGCCUCGCGUAGUUUCGGUGAAUAACGAAGACGGCGCGGACAACCAGAUCAAGACGGUAACGGUGACUAAAGCCAUCACGCCGAAAUGUAACGAAUACGGAAAAGACCUAGUGAGCGUCAUCAAGGAGAAGAUCAACACCAAUCAGCUCACAUCAGAGGACACCAAAAACUUUCUCGGCAAUGAAUCUCCUACCAGGAGACGUUACUGUGGUGGAAAAGCAGGGACUUUGGCAAAGGCGCUCAUACAGAAGGAUGAAAAAAUUACGGGAUCUCGAGGUAGCAGUUCAGAUGCUGAGGACAGUGGUCUUGGGGAGGAAGCGUCAUUGAGCGACAACAGCGAUCAGAAUGAGAGUGAACCGAAGAAACAUGUCAACAGACACAAGAUUAAAAUAGCCACGAUGAACGACCUGAGGAGCAAGUGGCAGCGGUUCGCUGAAGACCACAUUGAAGGUCAGAAGCUCAACCCUUUCAGCGAAGAGUUUGACUAUGGUCAUGCCAUGGCUAUUCGACUCCACAAGGGCGACGCGGGAUACGGACGACCCAAAGAGGGAUCCAAAACAGCCCAGCGUGCCGAUCGGGCCCAGAAACACAUCCACCGCGAGAUGGAUGAGAUGUGCUUCAUUAUACGCGACAUGGGCCAGCGGGAUAAAGAGGGACGUAUCCGCGUCACCUUCGGCCGCCUGUUCGACCGCUACGUUAAAAUCUCAGAUAAAGUUGUGGGAAUUUUGUUGCGCUGUCGCAAACACAAAAUGGUGGACUUUGAGGGCGAGAUGCUCUGGAAAGGCCAGGAUGAUGAUGUUAUAAUCACAUUACUAGUUUAACAUUAUGAAAAGUAGCUAACUUGCAAUGUAAAAGAAGUAAUUAACUUAUUUGAUUUAACUUAUUUUACCUUUAUAAAUCUGUAGCUUUUUCAUUAAAAAACGUUUUUUUCCAAAAAGUAGUGGUCAAAAUGGUGCAUUGCUGUUUUUUACACAUUACAAAUAAAAAAAAAAUGUUUUGAUGCUUUUUUGCACUAGAAACUAGCUACAUUCAACAUGAGUGUAGUUAAACGACUUUAAAUUAGGUUCUAGAUAUCUAGUUUCAAAUUAGCCCUCUAUUUAUAUUUCAUUUGGCAACAUGAAAUGUUAGAACCUUGAGAACGUUCCAGAAAACCCAUGAACUCUCUGAGACGAACAUGUGCUCUUCUGUGUGCGUGAUGUGUUUUGAAAGCGGAUUUCGUUUUAGUGUGGAGCUUCAUAUUUGAGAUGGUGAAAGGGUGACUCUUCACUCACAGUUUACACAAGGGAAUAUACACGGAUCUCAUGUUUGUCUCCUCACGCAUCCAACAUCAGGCAUCCUUUGAAUGCUUAGCACACCAGCCUUGAUGUCUAGACAUGUUUUGGAAAUCAUCUCAUGUUUCGUGCUUGAAAUUCAAUGACAAAUCAGUUCGGUCUUGUGAGAUUAUAGGGGAGGGUCUGUUUCAUUCAUUUCCCAUCUGAACGUUUUGUUAAUUUGCAUCUAGUUUUAGACACUAGCUCUUGUUUUAUUGUUCAGUGUUUUUGGAUCAUUUUAAUAUCCUCUUUCAAAAUGAAAGCAUGAUAGUCUUCUUACAGAAGCAUUUGUUGUAAAUAUUUGAAGAUAUAUAAUCAUAUGUAGUAAGAAAAAAACAAAUUUAUUUAUUUGAUGUGGAAUUAUUUUCCUGUGAAUUAAAAAAAGGAUGAAAUAAAACCACUAUUUUGUCAGAA